GUAGGGGCUGCGCGGUGGGUCGGGCCGGCUUCCGGGCUGCACGAGGCUAUCGGGGAGACCUUUGGGGGCGCUGUGAGGCCGCCUCCUCGUGCGCCUCAUCUCUAGUCCCGCACCCAGGGUACAAUUCUUUUCCGCCCUGGUGGUUGGAAGCCUGUCAGCCCUGCGAGGCUCUAGCCACGUGUCCGGAGGGCGUUGCGUCCAGUGGGACCCUCCAAAGCUCGUCUGUCAGAGCUCUCCCACCGACCAGCUGAGCCUUUGUAUCAUCUGUGCUUAUCUUUCCCGAAGCUUUAAAGCACCCCUCUGGUUGAAUAUUAACAACAAAAACAAUAGCAAGCUGUGGACAUGUUGUGAUUCUACCUCCACCCUUUCACUUCUGCACAUAAAGUGCCAGCAAUGAGUCAGUUAUUCCAUGGCAGGACCCAGACCACCCCUCAGACAGGAUGGGCAUCACCCUCGUUUGCUGCUCCAUUGAAGUGGCACUGCCGCUCCUGGUUUGGAUCAAAGCCCUCUGGUUCUAACAGAUCCAACCGCUUGUCCUCUGGGAACUCUGGGAGCAGCUUGAGAAGUCUGUUUCCAUGUCUCUCCUCCACCUGCCCUCUCACGGGUUCAGAUCUUCCUGAGUGGCAUCAAGCUUGACCCCUAACUCAUCCUAGUCCUGUUUAGUAUGAAUGUGAUUUGGAGAAAUUGUAUUUGUCGUCUGAGGCGAGGGAAGGUACCACACAGAUGCCAGAGUGGUGUCCACCCAGUGGCCCCUCUGGGGUCACGGAUUUUAACUGAUCCAGCCAAAGUUUUCGAGCACAACAUGUGGGAUCACAUGCAGUGGUCUGAAGAAGAAGAAGACGCAGUUAGAAAACAAGUAGAGGAAAACUCAGCCACACGAGUUGCUCCAGAGGAGCAAGUUAAGUUUGAACGUGAUGCUAACAGAUACUGGGACACAUUUUACCAGACUCAUAAGAAUAAAUUUUUCAAGAAUCGCAACUGGCUGUUGAGGGAAUUUCCUGAAAUUCUUCCAGUUGAUAAAAACUCUAAAGAGGAAGUGGAAGGAUCAUCCAGGGAUCAAGUCCGAAGUAACUUCUCAAGUAUGCAGAGAACGGAAACCCAUUGUCAAAAGAGCUGUGUCUCAUCAGCCCCUUGGAGCGAAGAAAGAUCUAACUUUCCCAACCAAGACUUGGAAGAACACAGCGAAGGGCCUGGGAAGACAGAGCACUUCCCUGGUAGCAAGGCCACUUUCCGAAUACUGGAGGUUGGCUGUGGUGCUGGAAAUUGUGUUUUUCCAAUCUUGAACACCUUGCGACAGUGCUGCUGGUGUGGUGUGGUACUGACGUGUGCACCUGUGGGAGAAGAGCCAAGGCAAUCAGCUGACUUGGCAGAAAGGCUCUUGAAGGUCAUUGGGUACAAAACUGCAGCUUGGGAUGCUGAUGCAGUCAGAAUUCCAUCUCAGAGGAACAUCCCAGGAUCCUUCCUUUAUUGCUGUGAUUUUGCCGCUGAAGCGGUGGAGCUUGUAAAGUCGCAUGCGUCCUACAGUGAGGCCCACUGUUGUGCCUUUCUCCAUGACGUGUGCGAUGACGGCUUGGCCUACCCUUUUCCGGACGGGACCCUGGAUGUCAUUCUCCUCGUCUUUGUGCUCUCUUCUAUUCACCCUGACAGGAUGCAAGCUGUUGUUGACCGACUGUCCAAGCUGCUGAAGCCUGGGGGAAUGCUAUUAUUUCGGGAUCUUGGAAGAUAUGAUAAUGCUCAGCUUCGUUUUAAAAAAGGGCGUUGUUUAUCUGAAAAUUUUUAUGUCCGAGGAGAUGGCACCAGAGCCUAUUUCUUUACAAAAGGGGAAAUCCACCGCAUGUUCUGCGAGGCUGGAUUACAUGAAAAGCAAAAUCUGGUUGAUCAUCGCUUGCAAGUUAACAGGAAAAAGCAGGUGACGAUGCACCGAGUGUGGGUCCAAGGAAAGUUCCAGAAGCCAUUGCCCUGGACUCAGAAGAGCCGAAGUUAGCAUGUUCACCCUUUCUUGUGACUGAACUGAGUGUCAUGGUAAGGUAUGAAACCAGGACAAGAUGCUGGCUUCUUUGCAGAGCCAAUGAGAAGAGCGUCGGUGGCCUGCUGCUGCUGUCGGAGCUCUGAGGACAUUCUGAGUGCCCAGAAGGGACCUGAAGGAUGUCCUGUCCUUGUUUCAGAACUUGAAAUGCAUGUUUGUUUCAUCUAGCCACGCUCCCUUGAAUUUUAUGACUUUGACUUAAAUUACUGAUAUAAGGCAUAUAGUUUUGGGAAAUGUAACCUGUCCAUUUUUUUAGAAGUGGAAGAAAUUGUCUUCUUUAUUAUCGGGUGUGGUAAAGCAUUCCCAAACAGUCGAACCCCUCUACUGUCAGUCAGCAGCAGGGGAGCAGUGCGCCUUUUUAGGGAACUUGCAAGCCCAGGAUGAAGGUUUAUUGUUUUUUGUUUUGUUUGAAUAUAUUUUCUCCAACCCCCCUUUUUUAACCCUCUCCCCAUACUAGUGUCUAAGAUACAAUUUUGGUUUCUCUUCCUUUCCAAAGAUGGGGAAGCAUGGCCUUUGUCAAGUCACUUUCGGGCUCUUCUUAGAUGUGCAGAUCGCUGAGACACAUGUCAGUUUUCAUGCCAGCUCUGCACAGUCUAGCCUUGCCUGGGAAGAGUCUCCAGACUGUCAGUUGUCUGGGAGUUUGUCUUGAUUACGUCACCUGAUGUGAGCAGAGCUGCCUAUGGCAGGCGGUACCAUUCCCUGGGCUGGGACCCUGGACCGAGUAAGAGUGGAAGCAAUGAACUGAGCCCUGGCACACCUGGGCUCGUUCGCUCUGCUCUUCACUGUGGAUGUGACCAGCAGCUUCCCGUUCCUGACUGCCCUGUUGUAACCAGCUGGACUCUGAUCUGAAUUUGUGAGCUAAAAUAAACCCAUUCUUCCCUAA